GUGUGUGUGUGUUAGUGUGUGAGUGUGUAUAAGUAGUGCCAGUAGUACCUGUGGGAUCACUUUACUGUCCCAGAAUCUCCACUGCAAAUUUGUGAAGUUGGCACCAUGGCCUCUGAGCACGACAACUGUCACCUGUGUAAGGAGUACCUCAGGGAUCCUGUGUCGAUCCCCUGCGGUCACGUCUUCUGCUCCAUAUGUCUGAAGACGUACUGGGACCACGCCGACCACACGGGCAGCUACAUGUGCCCGCAGUGCCGGGUGACCUACAACAAAAGGCCGACGCCCAGACGCGUCGGAGGCUCCCGGCACUCCAGUCUGCAACGCAACUCGGAACCCUUCCCGCCGCCGCCUCCGUCGCCCGACUACAAUGUGGCGGGGCCGCAGGAUGUGGGCUGUGACAUCUGCGUGGGCAAGAAGAACAAAGCUGUGAAGACCUGCUUGAUGUGCUUGGCCUCCUACUGCGAGAGGCAUCUCAAACCUCAUUACGAGUCAGCCACUUUUAAAAGGCACAAGCUGGUGGAUGAGAUUGGACAUCUGGACCGGCAGAUCUGUCCUCAGCACCAGAAAGGUCUGGAACUGUUCUGUCGCACAGACCAGAUGUGCAUCUGUGUGCUGUGUACCGUGAAGGAACACAAAGGUCACGACAUGGUGUCUGCUGAGCAGGAGAGGGCUGAUGAACAGCAACGACUUGGCGCUACUCAGGCUGAGAUCCAGGAAAAGAUUCACGAUCGCCUCAAACAGAUGGAAGAACUGAAACAAGCAGUAGACGCGCUAAAGACGUCAGCCCAGAGAGCGCUGCAGGAAUGUGACAAGAUGUUUGGCGACAUGAUGCGCUCCAUAGAGAGGAUGCAGCAGGAGAUGGCCAAGCUGAUGUCCUCCAAUAAGCGGGCGGCGCUCAACAGCGCCGAGGGUCACAUGGAGCGUCUCAACCACGAGAUCUCGGACCUGAAGAGGAGAGACAACGAGAUCACUCAGCUGUCCCGCACCGAGGACCACAUCCACUUCAUCCAGAGUUACCACAUGCUGAUCGCCCAGACGGAGAAUGAAGAGUUGCCCACAGUGAUGGUGAACCCUUAUUUCACAUUUGAUCCCGUCAACAAGGCUGUGUCUGAAAUGAAACAACACCUCAAUGAAUUCGGCAACGAGGAAAUGGUCAAAGUGGCCAAAACGGUCAACAAAAUGACCUUCUGCGAACUGGAGGACGGCAAGAAGAAACGUUCUCUCAGAGCGGAGGAAGCCCCCGUGUACAGAUCUGUGCACGUGCAUGAACCUCAGCACAGAGAUGACUUCCUGAAGUAUGUUUGCCAGCUCACCUUGGACCCAAACACAGCCUACAGGCAGCUCCACCUGUCUCGGGGUAACAGGAAAGCGACCCUGAAGAGAGACCCUCAGAGUUACGGUGACAACGCCUCCAGGUUUGACUCCUUGCCUCAGGUGCUGUGCAUGGAGGCCCUGUCAGGCGGCGCCUACUACUGGGAGGUGGACUGGAGUGGGGAGGGGGCUGCCAUCGGCGUCACCUACAGAGGCAUCAAGAGGACGGGGUACGGAGACAGCUGCCGUAUCGGCUACAACCGCAAAUCUUGGAGCCUCUUCUGCUCGGACGCCAGCUACUCAGCGCGCCACAACAAGGACCAGAUUGAAACCCACGCCCCCUACUCUUCUAGAAUCGGGGUCUUCCUGGACCACGCCGGAGGAACGCUUUCUUUCUACUCCAUCGGAGAAAGCAUGUCUCUCAUUCACCGCUUCAAGGCUUCUUUCAAUGAGGCCGUCUAUCCGGGAUUCUGGGUUUGGUACGAGUCUGCCAUCACGCUCAUACAGCUUUGAUAAACAGGAAAACAUCCCUUGUAAAUGUAUAUCUAUUACGAUUAUUUUUGAAGAUUGAUUCAAAAUGGUCAAGAACCGAUUAUUAAAAAGACGUUUUUUACUUGCUGCAUGUAUACGGCAUUUGGCAUAUGCCAAAUAAUAUAUUGUGAGAAUACAAAAUGAAUCAAGAAUCACUUCCAAAUGAAGUUGUGAGUUAUUCACAGAUUCACAUCCCUAAUAAACAAAUGUACAGUAUUUGCCUAUGCUUGUCAAUUGUAAGACAAAUUGGAUAAUUGACAUGAAUUUGUAAUGUUGGGAAUCUUUUGUUGUUGAUUAAAUAUUGUACACGUGUGUGGAUUUGCAGGAUGGGAUAAACAAAGUGAAUAUAAAUCCGCUUCUUGAUCAAAAGCAGCUGUAAUUGAUUGAUAUGUUUUUGUGAUUUUCAAUAUGCAGCAUUUAUUUUUGCAAUAAACAUUUUGUAACAAGGAAA